AUGCUUUCUUCCCGAGCCGCCCAGGCGAGCCUUCGCGCUUCCGCCCAGCAAUUCUCUCGACGAUCCGUCGUCAACGGAGCCAGAACCUAUGCCACCGCAACCCAAGAUACGAAGCCACCGGUCGCUCUCUUCGGCGUCGACGGCACCUAUGCCAAUGCCUUGUACACUGCUUCAGCCAAGUCCGGAAGCCUAGAGCAGACCUCCAAGUCCCUCUCUGCUUUGGCUGAAGUGUUCAAGAAGGACGCCAAGUUGGGACCUAUCUUGCACACUCCUACCUUGACCGUCAAGGACAAGUCUCAGAUCGUCCAGGAAUUGCAGAAGAUUACCGGCAAGAACGAGCUUCUGGGCAACUUCUUGAACACUCUCGCUGAGAACAACCGACUCGGUGUUUUGGAGGGUGUCUGUGAGAAGUUCGAGACUUUGAUGGGCGCUUACCGAGGCGAGAUUGAGCUUAACAUCACCAGUGCUCAGAAACUCGACCAGAAGACCCUCCAGCGUUUGGAAAACGCCAUCGCCAAGUCUGAGUACAGCAAGGGCAAGAAGCUCAAGGUCAUCACCAAGGUUGACCCCGAGAUUGUUGGCGGACUUGUUGUCGAAUUCGACGGCCGAACAAUCGAUCUCAGCGUCUCCUCCAAGCUCACCAAGCUUAACAAGGCUCUCACUGAUGCUCUGUAA